AUACUUCAGUGAAAAUUUCACGAGAAAACUCGUAAAGUCUUAAUUUAAUAUACGAACUAUAUCCCACCACAUAAGUAAAAACAUUACGCUAGUAGUAGCAUGUCGGUCGCACUCUAUCAAUGGUGAAAAUAAUGUUUUAAUUUAUUUUUUACUUGUGGAUUAAGUGACUAUUACUGAGAUUUAUUGAAUUUGUUUUUCUUCGAGAACAAAAAAAAAUAUUUUUCUUCCAAUUUUUUUUAUCGUUCGUUCUGUAUGAGUGUGUCUAUUAAGCUUUAGCGAAAAGUGAAAAAUCUAUUCCAACGUUUUACAAGUGAAAUGGCCGACAAUAAUAAAGAAGAAGUUAAAGAAAAAAAGAAAAAGAAAUCAAUUUUAAAGAAGAAUAGCAUUGGAGAAAAACGAAAAUCAUCGGAUGUCGGUCAGGACAAAGUAGAAGACGAAACACCGAUUUCUGAAAAUUUAACCGUCGAUGAUCAAGUGAAAAUUGUCAAUCACGAUGACGAACAAAAGAGUAAUGAAAUCGAAUCUGUACCACCGGCAAAUGUUGUUGAGCCAGAGCCAACUGAUGAUGGGCAGAAACAAGCGGUUGAAAAAACGCCGAUGGAAAUCAUUAAUGACAUUUUAAAUCCUCCGAUGCCGGAAUUUGAUCCGUCGAAACCGUACAAUGUGCCAACAGCAGUGAAAGCUGGAGAUGUUAAUGCCCUUCAGGAAUUAGAUGAGCGAAAAAUUAUUGAAUUGAAAGAGGCAUUUCUCCUCUUCGACUUAAAUGGCGACGGAUGUAUCGAUGAAGAAGAUUUACGAGCAACUUUCGGAACCCUAGGUGAAGAUAACAUACCUGAAGGACUGAUCGAACAAAUGAUGAGUGAAGCGAUGAAUCCAUUGGAUUUCGAUGCAUUUGUCAUGCUGUUGGGAUACAAAACUAUUGAACUGGACCCAGAAGAUGUGCUCUUAGAAGCGCUGAGCAAAUGGGACGUUGGACAAACGGGACUUAUCAGUGAAGACAAAAUACGACAUGACCUGAUUUGUUACGGUGAUAGAUUCACUGAAAAGGAAGCAUAUACUGCCCUGGAAGAAGCUCCGAUUGGUAAUAAAAAUAAGCCCGGAGAACCGCCAAUGAUUGAUUAUCAGGGAUUUUGUAAGUUAUUGGGUGGUCUAAGGAAACGGAAACCAUCCGAAAACUAAGUGGAAAAAAUACUUUGAUUCCAUCUGAUGGAAGAAUGUUUCUUGCAAAUACGAAUAAAAUUUUAUUUUAGUUUGAA